AUAAAAAAAACAAUCUCAAUUUACAAACGAUUUAUGAAGGGAGCCUACGGGACAGAAAGCCCAAUAAGUAGAAAAGAUUUGCCCUUCAGUAGGCCCAAUUAUGAAAGCCCACUCUGGUGGCCCAAACAGAGGCAUUCCAGCAACAGUUUGGACUUUGGACUUGGGGGCACAAAACGACAUAUGAAGUCGUCGCAUUAGCGUUCUACUUGCUGCCUAGGGUUUACAUUGCAUCACCGUCCCGUAUAUAAAGCUCGGGAAACUCCGGUUGAAUGGUUUUAGGGGGCAGAAGAAUACGUUUCAGAAGGAAGGAAGAAGACAAGCUUAGCUUGGCGGAACAAAAUGCCAAAGCAGAUUCAUGAGAUCAAGGACUUCCUUCUCACGGCCAGAAGGAAGGAUGCACGCUCUGUCAAGAUCAAAAGGAGCAAAGAUGUAGUUAAGUUCAAGGUCCGGUGCUCUAAGUACCUCUACACCCUCUGUGUCUUUGACAACGAGAAGGCUGAUAAGCUGAAGCAAUCUCUUCCACCGGGUUUGAGCGUGCAAGACCUUUGAAGAGAUGAGCUUAAAGACAGUUUUUAGAGAGGUUUUAUCUACUGUUUGUUGCUCCAUGAAAUGACAUUGUGAUUCAUGGUUUUUGUUUGUUAACUCUUUGGAGAUUGGGCUUGAAAUUGCAGAACUAUUUAGCCAGUAUGUUGCAUGACUCGGUACAAGUUACACCAAUUGCAGUAGUGCAUCGAGUUGUUACAGUGAUCUAUUGCUCCUUUUUAGUUUCUACGAAAUUAAUGUUGAUUGUGGAACGGUGAUUAUAUUGAAAAGCCUUUGUUAACAGCAGUAGCAGGCUAGCAGCCGCUAAAGAAUGUUGGUCUGUGGCUGUUAACAGCCAGCGAUUGACUUAUGGCGAAUGCAGCACCAGCAUAUACCGUUAACAGGUUUAUAUCAGUAGAUGGGAGGAAAAUGAAACACGGAUUGGAGU